AUGGCUCCUCCUAAACCAAAUAAUCCAUCUGCCCGUGAAAUUGUUGAAGAAGCUGUCAACACAACCGUUCAAACUUCUCAACUUCACAUCAACAAUGCUCUCCAAGAAACCCAACAACAACUUGAUGAAAGAUUCCACAAAUCCACCAUGGAUUUCCAGCAACAUAUCGGUCAGCUGCAUACUCGUUUGGAAAAUGAAACUCAAGCAGCUAACUCAAGGUAUGAUUCCAUUAUGUCCAUUCUUACUAAACUUAGAGAACAACCUACUAUUCCAUUAUCUACACAACAUCUCAGCCCAAAUAUACUAGGCUCAUCUGGCCUCUCUCAAAACCUUUUUUCAACUCCUAUGACCCCCCACUCCAUCACCUUCGCCCCUUCAAUCGUACAUUCCACCGCCAUCCCGUUCAUCCCUUCCGUCCACACUUAUUCAGACGUUGUCCCAAACACAGCAGCACAACCACCACCACCCCCAAACCCAUAUUCCUCUUCACCAUCCGCCUUCAUACCCAUACCUUCGUACCCGUUUCAAGCCCAACAAAUGCCUAACAUACCUCCUCUACCCCUUUUAAGAACACCCAAACUCGAGCUUCCCCCUUUUGAUGGUUGCUACAGCCGUGCCCAAGGGUUAUGUUUCAAUUGCGAUGAGAAGUUUAUUCCUGGCCACAAGUGUGCUGCUGCCAACCGUUUUCUGUUAUUAUUGGCUGAUGAUGAGGUAACCACUUUUCCGGUUGAGGAUGAGGAAAUUAUACAAGCAGCAAAUGCGGUAGAUACCAACGAUACUUAUUUUCAAUUGUCUACGCAGGCUUUAACCGGUCAGUUUUCGCCCCAAACUCUCAAAUUUCAAGGUCUUAUUGGUGGCCAUUUAGUGAUGGAUCUUGUUGACACGGGGAGCACCCAUAAUAUUCUUCAACAUAUACUUGGUCACCACCUCAACUUACCCACUACUCAAAUUCUCCAAUUUUUGGUUAUGGUUGGUAACGGCUCACACCUCCAAUGUGAGGGUAUUUGUCACAGUGUCAAAUUAAAUCUUCAAGAAAAGCCUUUCUCUCUACCAUUUUACCUAUUACCUAUUGAGGGAGCUAAUGUUGUUUUGGGAAUGGCUUGGUUAAGAACACUUGGUCCUAUACAGGCUGAUUUUUCGAUUCCUUCCAUUACAUUUAAUCACAAAGAUUCUAAAAUCACACUCACCGGGGACCCAUCUGCCCUUUCCACCCUUACUACUUUUCACCAACUAAGACAACUUCUUCAUACAAAUUCUGUCAUUUCCUUCCACCUAUUGACUUUCCAACCUACAGAAAUUCACCAACAACCCCCACCCCUUCAACACCAAACUGAACCUAUUGACCCAAAUAUCCUUAAACUUAUCCACAAAUACCCAUCUGUCUUUCAACAAAAACCUAAUUGUCCACCACCUCGCACUCAUGACCAUCGGAUUCCAUUACUUCCCAAUACCCCACCCAUAAAUGUGAAACCUUACCGAUACCCUCACUCGCAAAAGGAAGCAAUGAUUGUUCUAAUUCAGGAAAUGUUACAGGAUGGUCUAAUUGUUCCUAGUAAUAGCCCUUUUUCCUCACCGGUUUUAAUUGUUAAAAAAAGAUGGAAGUUGGCGCUUCUGUGUCGAUUAUCGUGUGCUAAACGCAGUAACAAUCAAAGAUCGUUUCCCCAUCCCAACCAUCGGUGA